AUGCCCAACAGGUCCAGGUCUCCUCUCGAUCACAGGUGUCCCUGACGCUUCCGUCCUCCGCCGGAAACUCCUCCCUCUCGCUCGUAAGCUGGCUCUUCUCGAUCCCGAAGCUCGUAAACGCGUCCUCAAGCUUGGGGAGUGAUGUGCCUUUGAAGAACCCAGAUAGAAGUGUGUCUUCUUUUGCGAUGCAACUGAAGUAUGCGGACAGCCAUGAAUUUCCUAACGGAAAAUCUGCUCGAAGGUUAGAUGGUUUCUUCAAUACAGAUCAAGGUUGUCUACGUGUUGAUGGAGUAAGAGACACCCUAGAAGAUGAAUUUAAGGAUCUUGGAACUGUUUUUAAAGAGCUAGGUUUUUACAUGAUGGAUUUAGGACUGUUUAUUGCACGAAUAUGUGAUAAGGCUAUUGGUGGCCAUGAAUUGGAGCAAAGCUUAUUGGAGUCAUGUGCAGCAAAAGGGCGGCUUAUACAUUACCAUUUGGCUCAAGAUACACUUAUACUGAAAGAAGCUGGGGAAAAGAAGGGAUCUGCCAAAAGAACCACUACUAAGAGAGGACACCAGGAAUACUUGGUAAGGAAUGAUCAAACACCAUCAGAAGGGUAUAACUUAGAUUUGGACAGCAACAAGGUUGGAACACAUGGAAUUUAUUCCGAUCUGUGGCAGCAGUGGCAUUAUGACUAUGGUAUUUUCACUGUUCUGACCGAUCCCAUGUUUCUUGCGCAAUCUUCUUGCUUAUCAUCAACAAUGUCGGACGAUGAGCUUUUAAUAACUAGUAGUACAGAAUGUGAUUGGCCAAGGGACCAUUCAUAUUUGCAAAUUUAUCAUGCCAGCAAGAACAAGCUUCUAAUGGUGAAGUCCUCCCCUGGAAGUUUCAUAAUUCAGGUUGGGGAAUCUGCUGAUAUCUUAUCAAAAGGGAAGCUAUUCUCAACCCUUCACUGUGUACGCCGACCAACAAAGAUGGAGAAUAUAAGCCGGGAAACUUUUGUUGUUUUUCUUCAACCAGCAUGGAGCAAAACUUUCUCAAUUUCAGAUUACCCCAUGGAACACUGCAACUUAGGCACUCAGUAUUCAGGGGUAUCUUGUGAAGGAAAUCACCUUGAGGAGCUGGAGCUAAACGAGUUAGCUCAAGAAAUUAAAAAGAUUGUGCCACCUCUUUUAUCAAGACUGAAGGAUGGUAUGACAUUUGCAGAAUUCUCACGUGAAACUACCAAGAAAUACUACGGCAGUAGCGGUCUGCAGUCCAACAAUAAAAGUGUUCUCUAAAUAUCCGCGUGUAUCGGAAAAAAUAUUGUAGUAAGGUUUCCAUUUUUCCCUUAAAUAGUUUGAGGAUUCUCUGGUAGGGAUGGUAAGACUAUGUUUGGGACAAGUGAACUUCAUUUGAAAAUACACAGUAUAACUGUAAUAAGAUGAGUAUCCCUUUCAAGAAAAUUAACAUUUUAGAGAGAAUUCCAUGUGGAGUUGAAAUACGAUAUUUCAAAGUCUAUCAAUUUUAACUGAAUUUGGAACACAUUUUUCCAAUUUCACUUUAAAUUUUCUACCCGAUAAAAUUUAUCACUGUUAAGACAUCUUUUAUCUUCUCAUAGUUGAACUAACUGUGGAUUUCCACGUAAAUUCCAUAAUCGAAGCUUAAGUGCCCCAAACAAAGCCUAAAUCUCAUGCUUUGAAGUCUGAGGCUGAGAUGAAACUGGUGUCGCUGAAAAUUUAGUUUAUUUAAUGGUGUACCGUGAGUCAUCUUUGUAUCAGUUGUCUUUUGAUCUGCUUCUAGUUCGAGUUUUCAUUUGUUUUGUUGCAUUUGAGUGAGCCUUGCAGUAGAUAAGCAAAGGACACUGCACAUAAACAUGUUUUGACGCACUAUCUGCUAAUGUUCUGCUGUCUCAGUGGUCUUAUUAAGGAUGAUAUUUAAGACUCCAUGAUCUCACCCAAGAAAGCUUCAGGGGGACAGAAUGAAUGCAAUCUGGAUAUGACAGAGAAUAAUUGAAAGCUGCUUGUACUAGGAGUCAUCUCCAAAUUGAAUUCUGGUGAUUAAAUUAUAAAAGAUUUGGGGGUGUCAAACUGUCUCGAGUUUCUGCCCGAUUUGCAUUAAGGUUUGUAGCAGUGCGUUUAUGGAAUCAUCAGUUGUCAUUCUGACCUUGAGGUGAUAAUUGAAUUUUGGUUGCUGGAAAUCCCUAGGCACAGAGGCCAGAGGAGGAGAUUCCUAAAGGCAUUGCAAAAUGUGAGUGUUACUCUUUAGUGCAUGUGAGAUAGAACAACUUUUAGCCAUCCAGAGCUGCUGCUAAAUUAGUCUUCUUCUUUUUCCCUUCCUGCUUUGUUAAAGUUGAGUUUCUUCUUCUGCUCAUUUUGAUUUAUGAGAGUUUGAAACAUAUCUUUUUGUCCCAGUCUCGAUUAAAGGAUAAAAGUUCAUCUUCCCAAAUCAAGAUUAGACCCAUUAAAGAGAAGUGUUAGAUUAUCUUGAUGGGAUAUUUCACAUAGUUAAAAAACUUGGAAGUACUUUGUAUUACUAGUACUUUAGAAAGGGUAGAGAGAGAAACAGAGGGGGGGGAGAGUUUUGGGUAUUUCAAAGUUCUAACAAAGUCUCUGUAAUCAAAAUUAGUUAGAAAUCCAAUGAUUAACAUCUAAUUCUCCAUGAUUAAAGUGAACAUUUGAAAUAGGGAUAUGUGAAUCAAGCAAA